AUGGAAAGUCAGAGUAAGGACGGAGUUGCGCCGUCUACUUCCCCGUUCAUGCCUAUGUUUGAACGUUUUCGCGCCGAGCUGGACGAGCACCACGACCGCCGCGAGAGAAUCAUCAAGGCGAGUCGAGACAUUACGGCCGCUUCGAAGAAGAUCAUUUUCACACUGCAACGAAUACGCAAGCUCAACGAAGCUCUCCCACAACAUGCGAUCAAAUCCAACAAGCAGUAUCAAGACACCAUACAAUCUCAAAUCGCUUCCGUCUCCGGCGACCUGCAAUGUCUACAUACGUACCGUUACAGCCGCCAGAUCAGCGGAGGCUGCCAGGAAUGGAUGGAGGCGGCGUGCUUCCAGCAUUACCUGGAAACCACAACCCUACUGUCCUACGACGAUGCGGCGGAGAAGUUCCGCCAACUCGAUGAAGCCGGUUCGGGCAUCGAGCUGAGCCCGGAGGACUGGUUACUGGGCGUCUAUGACAUGACUGGAGAAUUGAUGCGGUUCGCUAUUACGACUAUGGCGACUACGGGCGAGCUUCUUAAGCCUUCUGGAUCAAGUCAAAGUGAUGACGAUGGAAUGGAUGUGGACGGUCAAGCGCAUCGCCAACGAAGCGUUCUUACGGAUUUACGGGAGCUUCGUGCCGCUCUCGAGAGCCUGAAUGUUGGGACGGGACCGUUUGCCAAGGAUUGCGAGAAGAAGCUUGCAGUCAUGCAGACGAGCGUGGAGAAGGUUGAGAAGGCGUUGUAUGGACUUGUUGUGCGGGGUGCUGAGCGGCCGAAGGGGUGGAUGCCGGAGAUUGGGGAUGCGGGUGGAGGGGGGCGGGCGGUGGAGGUCGAAGGGUAG